AUGGUUAGUUUCAGAAAACUGGAUGACGUCAAUGAUCCCAAGAACUUUACUUUUUGUCUUGGGUCACAAAGAAGGGAGAUUAGUCUUGUCGAGCUCGUAUGGCGGUUGGAUCUGUACGACCGAUCUGACGCGACAUCUCCUGAGUUCGUCGUCUUCUUGGAGCAUUGCAACAAACGGUUACCGGAAGAAGUCACUGAGACUGGGUAUUGGGUUAAAAUUGCUAGUGGGUCUUACACAGUAGGAACUGCAAGUUAA